AUGCCCAUCCGCAUUCCCGCUCCCACCAGGACUGAGGUCUUCUGCAUGGGCGCUGCAGGCGUCAGCGGCUUCGCUCCGUUCUACCUGAUGGCUCCCGGCGCAGAGGAGCGGCUCUCCCGCCAGACCGUCAAAUGGGCUCCGCGCUGGGAGCGCAACAUCACCAUGUUCAGGAACCCCGUCGAGCGUGGCGUCCAGCGCGUCGCACCUCCCAUUGAGAGGACGGUGCAGCGGAUCGAACAUCGCCUUCCUCUGGAGAAGGCGGCCAAGCGCGCGGAGAAGAUGGUGAAGAAGAACUUUGAGAGGAUGGGCCUCAGGCGCCCAUGA